AUGCCGUCGAUGCUCAAGUUCGUCGUCCCAGCCCUGGCUGCGGCCAGCGGUGCCUAUGCCGCGUGCAGUGUCUCCGCCACCACCACCCUCGAGAACGCCGCCGAUGCAACCGCUAUCGCCACCUGCACCACCUUCUCCGGAUCCAUUGCCGUGGCUACGGCCACGACCGAUGACAUUGUCAUCAGCGGUGUCAAGAAGCUGACGGGCAACCUCGUCGCUAUCGACAACCCCAACAUGAAGCGCCUCAGUGCCGGCGACCUCGAGACGCUCGACGGCGAGAUGCACUUGGACGGACUGACCGCCCUGCGCGCUGUCGACUUCCCCAAGCUCAAGAUGAUCGACUCGAUCAAGUGGAACGCCCUCCCCAACCUCCAGACUAUCGGAUUUACCGCCGAGGUGGAGGAGGCUGAGAAGGUCGACAUCCAGAACACCGGUCUCCGCUCGCUCAAGGGCAUCAACAUCCAGGAGGUGGACACGGUCUUCAUCGCCAACAACGGCUACAUUGACGAAAUCGCCAUGCAGCUCGGAAACGUCUCCACCUCGCUGACGCUGGCUGACAACAACGAGAACGUCAAGGUUCAAUUGCCAAACUUGAUCUGGGCUAGCAACCUGACUUUCCGUUUCUGCGGAUCUGUUGAUCUGCCCUCCCUCCAGACGCUGAACGGCUCCCUUGGUCUCUACAACAACGGCUUCGAGUCUUUCUCUGCUCCUAACCUGACCUCUGUUGGCCAGGCUCUUGCUUUUGUCGCCAACGACAAGCUCUCCAACCUUACCUUCCCGCUCUUGACCAAGAUUCAGGGUAACCUCCAAAUCGCCAACAACUCUGCGCUCCAGACCAUUGAUGGUUUCCCCGGCUUGGAGAGCAUUGGUGGUGCUUUCGAUAUGAGUGGCAACAUGUCCAAAGUCGAAACCCCCAAGCUCAAUGAUGUCGCGGGAGCUUUCAACCUCCAGUCUACUGACAACGUGACCGCUGCCUGCGCUUUCUACAAGCCUCUCAAGGACAAGAAGCUGAUCCGUGGCGGAUACUUCUGCCGUGGCAAGGUUGAGGACCCUGGCCAGGAGGGCCACAGGCCCACUGACCAGAGCGGUAGCAACAGCGGCAACGGACAGACCGGUGCUGCUUCUUCCAGCGCUGUCAACGGAGCUCUCGGCCUUGCUGCCUUGGCCGCUGUCUUGCUCAUCUAA